UUUAAGGUUAAUUUCAAUUAAACUCAUUUUUUUAGUUUUGUAACUUUGUAAUUUAUAUGAGUUCAACCACUAACAUGUUAAUUUUUUUAAUUAUCAGUUCGUCCUAGGUAUCAUGUCAUUGAGAAAGUACGCAUCAGGUAGCGAAAAAAGGAAAAAGAGAAAACAAGUGGAUGAGUUAAUAGAAUCACAGAAGGGGGCAAUGGACAAAUUCUUAAGGAGUAAUACGGGCAGUUCACGAAACCCAGAUGAGUGGGCGAUAGUUGCUGUGGAGGAACAAACUAAUGUGAACGAUGACGACCAAGGUCCUACCCCUGCAAAAGACAAUGUUGACAUCAAUGAGGAUGAUAACAAUGUAAGUGGUCAUGACAAUAUAUUUAAUUCAUCUGCUACAAAAUCUGCUAGUGUUGAUGAGCAACCGGUUUUUACUACGGAUAUUUAUGAUCCAAGAAAUUGGGAUAAUCUUGAUAACAAAGCUAGGGACAUAUUAGUGGAGAAGGGGCCUAUAAGAGAAGAAAAUAUUUUAUUCCCUUUAGAUGACAACUCAAGACAUUUUUCGUAUGCUCAUUUCUCUAGAAAAAUGAGCAAUGGGGAGGUUCAUGACAGAAAAUGGUUAGUGUAUUCGAAGCAUGUUGAUAGAGUGUUUUGCUUUAGUUGUAAGAUUUUCAAUUCUAGAAAUUGCAAGAGUUCAUUGGGGCGUGAUGGAUUUAGAGAUUGGAGGCAUAUUAGUGAGAGGCUAAAAGAACAUGAAGUUAGUGUCGAGCAUAUUACCAACAUGACCUCUUGGAAUGAAUUGAGAGCUAGAUUGAGGAAAAGUGAAACAAUUGACAAAGAUUUACAACAGCAAAUCACAAAGGAGAAAGAACGUAUAAGACAAGUUUUACUAAGAAUAAUUACCAUUGUCAAAUUUCUUGGUAAACGUAAUUUGGCUUUUAGAGGAUCCAAUGAGCAACUCUAUAAUGAUCAUAAUGGCAAUUUCUUAGCUUGUGUUGAGAUGGUUGCAGAAUUUGACUUGGUGAUGCAAGACCAUCUUAGACGACUUUUCAAUGUAUUGAUUGAUUCUAUCAAGUCUUUUGGUCUUAAUAUUGAUGAUAUUAGGGGUCAAGGUUAUGAUAACGGCUCUAACAUGAAAGGAAAACACAAGGGGGUGCAAAGACGAUUGCUUGAUAUUAAUCGAAGAGCUUUCUAUAGAAAUGAAGGAUUUGCUUCUAGUCUGAUCAUAGCCAAAGAUAUUGCAUCUGAAAUGGGUGUAGAGGCAUCAUUUCCAGUAAAGCGUCGUUCUAUUAGGAAGAAACAGUUUGAUGAAACUGAUUAUAAUGAAGCAAAUUUGCAAGCUGAGAGGGCUUUUGAAGUUGAUUACUUUUUUGUUAUGGUUGAUGUGGCAAUCACUUCAUUGAAAACUAGAUUUGAAGAACUCCAAGAAUUCAAAAAAACUUUCUCUCUAAAGGGUUCAUCUGAUGUUGAGUUAAAUGAUCUCAUUUCUGAGUUAAGUGUUAUGCAGUUGACUUUACCAGAUAGACCAAUGUCUGCCAUGGAGAUUUUUGAGUUUGUCAGAAAUGCAGAUUGUUAUCCUAAUAUUUCUGUUGCUUAUCGGAUCUUAUUUACUGUACCAGUGUUUUUACCACAGAGCAAACGGAGCAUCACUAAAGGAGGGAGGAAGGAGGGCCGGGGAUUUACCUUCGCCUCCGGGAUGGGCACAGCGGGGCUCUAG